CUCCUGUCAUUCAGGUAUCUCUCCUGCUGCUGACUCUAGAACUCAUCUCUCUCCUGUCAUUCAGAUAAACAUGAAGAUCUCUAUCUUUGCCGGUGUUCUUCUGCUCUCUCUGUGCCAACUGUGCAGCGGUUUCUUUGGUUUAUUUGAGGAGGAUCAGGAUAAAAAGUUUGCAACCAAGCAUAUCGUGGCUUCUAACCAAUGCACUCAGGUGAUGACUGACAGAGGAUUCGCUGUCCUCGACAAAAGGACCUGUAAGCCGGAGAGAACGUUCAUCAAAGCUACAGUGGAUGAGGUGCGAGCCGUCUGUGGGGGUAGAGGAAGUGGAGUCAGCAAAGAGAACUUUAAACUUAUUGAGUGCAAAGUUGAUCCUGCUAAUAACAAGCCUCCCAACUGUCAGUACACGGUGGAGGAGGUGGAGAAGAAAAUCCUGGUCACCUGUGUAAAAAGUAAACCUACUGAUUUUCAAAUACAUGAGUAAUCUGUUACUACCUGAUGAAUCAGAGUAAUCUAUUACUAUCUGAUGAACCAGAGUAAUCUAUUACUACCUGAUGAAUCAGAGUAAUCUGUUACUACUUGAUGAAUCAGAGUAACUUGUGUCUCCUCUUGAAUAAAACACAUGUGAAAGUUUAA